UGUGUUUUGUAGACGUGGCUGUGGAAGGAAAAGGAAAGGGACACCAGUGAAGGUGUGCGACAGAGUCUUCGCCACAGAGGAUGAGGAAGAGAGCAUGUCAGAGAACAGCUAUGGACCAGAGAAAGGUGACGGUCGUGAGGACAAACACGGAGUCCCUGCUGCUGAUGGACCAUACUAUGAAACACAAUCUGCUCAGCUCUGUGUGAGUGAGGAGGGCUCUAGCGGAUUGAGGGGAGCUGUCUCGUACCCCCCACCACCAAACUGCCGCAUUCGGGAAGUGCACUGUGGAAAUCAAGUGCGACUGAUUGUCAUAGCGAUCCGCGACAUCACUAAGGGGGAGGAGAUAACUGUGGAUUACAGUUUGACGGAGUGGGGAGAAAACGCUGUGGGUUUCCAUAGCACUGUGCCUCCUAGUAGCUUUGAUUGCAGUUUGGACCACGAGAGCAACAUUAAAAAGGAGGAAGAGUCCUGCCCAAUUCCACUUUCUCUUUCUGUGUCAGAAUACAUCACACCUUCCUGGUCUCUCUCUCCUUCAUCCUCCCCUCUCUCUCACUCUGAGCCCAGUGAUUCAGACCUCGACUCGGAUGAUGCCAAUGGAGAGAUGCACAUGCGAACACCACACCGCCGCAAGAGGCACAAAGCCCUCUCCUCUCCUGCUGCACAUGCCAAGAGAAAAGCACCUCAACGAUCCCCCAGACAUCCUCCCUCAUUUCCACUUUCCAUCCCAACCUCCCCUCUGCAGACCACUACUCGUUCCAGACCUGUGUUUAAGUCCCCACCACCUGCAGGAGUUCCUUCUAAUAGUGUCAGUGUGUCAGUGGGUCGUGGACAGAGCACCAUGGCACAGAAACAGCGCUGUGUCUACUGUGGCCGUCACUUCCGAUCUCUCCCACGCCAUCUGAACAAACACCAUGCCCACCAGCCUGAUGUGCGCUCUGCCCUGGAGCAAGCACGCGCCUCUGGUAACUCUCAAUGUGUACACUCAUCUCUCCCAUCAUCGAGCAAACAUUCCCAAUGCCUCCAAGUAGCUCCUGUGCCAGGUGUAGUGGUGGAAACGCCACAGUCACCUCCUCCUUUGUCUCCAGUCAGAAGGAGCCCUGCCCUCUCUAGCCCUAUUCGCAAAAGUCUUACCCCAGCCCUGACAACUCCACCCAGAGGAGGAGGUGUUCCAGUAUCUGUGUUAAAGAGGAGCCCACCUACUUCUGCUACUCCUCCCAGAAAGGGAGGACGAAAAAUAAAAAAAGAGAAUGAGGAGACAGACAUUUUUGUGAAGACAAAAGAGGUGGUGCCCACUUCAGUGUUUGUGGAGCAUGUGAAGGAGUCAGAAUCUUCGAAAGAAGCGAGAGAGGAGAAUGGAGGGAGAGAAGAAGAAAGCGGAGCGGAGGAUAAGACUGACCUAUCAAGUUCACGUCGACCCCACAUGCUCCCACUUCUUUCCGCCCUCUCUUCCCUGGUGUUGUACCUGCGGCGGCUGCAGCACUCUGCCUUCAUCUCUCUCUCCCGCUCGCCACAGUCAGCUGAGGCCUGGCGUCUCCUCUGUCACUCCAGCCUGGCCCUUCUCAUCCUUUACAACCGUCGCCGUGAAUGCGAAGUCUCCAAACUCACCAUCUCCGAGUACCAGGCCCGCAUCACACCCCAGUGCCCCGUCCCCAUGGCACCUGGUGCCCCACAAGCUCUAACCCCACUCGAGGCCUCACUCUCACCAUUCGAGCGGAUGGUCCUCCCCCAUCUCCCUCGCGUUGGGGUCCAAGGGAAACGUGGCCGCGUGCAGCCGCUCAUCCUCCCGCCACAUUCUGAAGCCUGUCUGGAGGUGCUUUUGCAGACUCGUGCUGGUGUGGGAAUCGAUCCACAGAACCCCUACGUGUUUGCCCGGCCAUAUCAUUCGCCUGCCACUCCGCUGCGGGGGACAGAUUUACUACGCAGCUUGGCUCGAUCCAGUGGUACACGUUACCCACGGGCACUGACGCAGACACGAGUUCGCAGACAGGUGGCGAUACUUACGCAGCUCCUGUUGUUAAGUGAGGGCGAGGAGGAAGGGCACCGCGGGGCUGCCACACAGCGAUUGGAAAGCUUUUUGCAGAAAGAGUAUCAUGUAGCGCAAAGCUGUGCAACCAUCGGCCAAGACCCAGGGCUGAUGGGUCUGAUUGGUCGGGUGGUACUAUGUGGAGAGAGAGAUGGCGUCCUGUUCCGAGGAAUGAGUUUACAUCACAUCUGUCUGGAGUUAGAUGUGUUGUCAGGAAACUCUGCUGACUCUCUGUCAGAAGAUUCAGAUGUUGAGCAGAGUAAAGAGAAUCCAGAAGCACCAUCUCCUGCAACCACCAUUAUGAUGAAGAAAACCACAAGCAACGGCAAAACUCCCCGGCCUAAGAAGAUGAACGGCAAAAAGGCCUCAGGACAGCCCAAGACUGGGAAACGUGGUGUGCUAAAGCGGCCUUGGUCUGAAGCAGAGCGGGCAGCUGUUGAGUCACACCUGGUGCAAAACAUUAUGGAGCUGCGUGUGCCCGCCAAAGCGGACUGUGAGCGCUGCCUGCAGCUCUGCCCCCUGCUGGUCACUAACCACCGGGACUGGAGGGCUGUUAAAUUCUACUGCCACAACCGUAUACAGCUGCUCAAGAAAAGCCAGCACAGUCUGCCCUGUCUGUCUGCUGGGGCUGUGAAUCAGCACGAUGCUGGGAAGGGUCAUCCAAUAACAGCAGAUGCAUAAGGGAGGGAAUGUGAGGAGGUGCUAAGUGAAAAUAUUUAUACAGUAAACAGUACAAAUGCUUUAAUUAAUGUGAUGUUGUGCGUGAUUUGUGUCCAGUGUCUGAAACGGAAAAUGGUACCACUCUGGUAAGCAGAUGGAAAUGCACACCUAUCUUGCGUACUUUUCCAAAAUAUGAAAAGAACACUUUUUUUGUUUUUGUUUUUCGUCUGCACAUUACCAGUUUCUGUUGCUGGCUUGAAAGUAGAUUAAUAUUUUUGACCACCUGAAAGUCUGAAUGGCUUUGUUUGCUCUCCCUUUGGCCAUGCCUACGUCUCACCAAAAACAGAGAAAGAGGCAGACUGAGCAACCUGUGCCUUUAUGGGAGUCCAACAUGAAUUGUAUUCACAUUUGCAGUGACAACUUUUCUGCUACAUGCAGAUACUAUAUUUAUUCAUGAAAUGAAGGAAUAUACUCAAGAAAUAGAAGAUAAAAAGAUUCUCA